AUGCGUCAGCGCAAGCUCAACAAGCGCGCCGCUCGCCACGGCGGCCAGCCGGGCGUCGGCGGUGCCGGAAUGGCUGCUGGCGGCAUGCACCAGCACCACAUGGGCGGUGGUGGUGGUGUUGGCGGACAGCAGCACAUGGCCGGUGGUGGCCUUGCUGGACAGGGCGGUCAGCACAUGGCAGGCCAGGGUAUGGGCAUGCAGGGAGGCGUCCAGCCCGGUAUGGGACAGCCCGGUAUGGGUCAGCCCGGCAUGGGUGGUCAGCCCGGCAUGGGUGGUCAGCCCGGCAUGGGUGGUCAGCCCGGCAUGGGCCACCAGCAAGGUGGUAUGGGAGGACCCGGAAUGGGUCGCUAA